AUGCAGAGAUUUUGGGUUAGUCUAGGAGUAGUCCGAGGACUUUUUGGCAGCAGUGAUCCAAACCCAGAUAGUGCAAAGUACAUAUCGAGUUCAUCUUUAGAAGCUUUUUUGACCCAACGUUCUCAUGAAAGCUACAUCGAGAUCUUAUCCGACGCGCCAUAUUUGCAUAACUGGUACGUCACCCGAGGCGACGGCUCGAUGUUGCCGGAAAUACUGUACAAUAAAUUCCGAGUCGGGUCCCAGUUUUUCGUGCUGGCGAAACAACAUGCUUUUCUUGUGUUGAAAGAAAGGAAAUUUUGGAGGAAGUUUAAGCUUCCUUGUUUAGAUUUAGAUUCGUGUUACCCUGAAGAACAUUAUUUCCCUACGUUGUUAUCAAUGGAGGAUCCCACAGGGAGCAGCCAUUACACGUUAACUAGAGUUAACUGGACUGACAGUGUUGAUGGCCAUCCACAUACAUACAAUUCGUCGGAGAUCUCGCCGGAGCUUGUACAUACGUUGAGGAAAUCGAAUUCGAGUUCGAAUUACUCGUAUUACUUCGCUCAGAAGUUCUCGCCCGAUUGCUUGAAGCCGUUGAUGGAAAUCGCCAACGAUAUUUUCAGGGAUUGAACUGGAUUUGCAGGUCAGGUUGAAGAAGAUGGAAGGCCUUGGACUUUGAGAAACGAUGGUGCUGGUCUUUGUCUUCUGUUCUGUUGUGU